AUGGCCCAACACGUCACAGAUAUUGUGAUAUAUAUGGACGGUGAAGAAGCGGCUCUACGACUCCACAGCGGAUGCCUAGUCGAGUUCAAAUCUACCAGUAUUGCAGAUUUUCGGGCGUUGCGAGAAAACCGGAUUAGUAGGGUGCAAACUGUGACAGCGGUAGUAGAUACCGUCAGUGUGCAUCGAGCCUUGGAUCAUGUAGGGAUCAAAAGAAAUGAGCACGCUGAUGCACUAAUUUAA